AGUCUAAUCUAAUUAAGAAUCAUGGGCAAACCACAUGUUUUAGCCAUACCAUAUCCUGCUCAAGGACAUGUAAUUCCCAUGAUGGAGCUCUGUCAUUGCUUAGACAAACAAGGAUUCAAAGUAUCUUUCGUCAACAGCGAUUACAAUCACAAAAGGAUCAUUAAUUCAUUUACAGAUGACAACAACGUUGGAGAUCACAUUCACCUUGUCUCAAUUCCAGAUGGGUUGGACCCAUUGGAUGACAGAAACGACUUGAAGAAACUGACGGAAUCCAUUUUCUCCUUCAUGCCCGAAAAACUGGAGGACCUCAUCAAUCAAAUUGACGACUCCGACGACGAUAAAGUGACAUGUGUCGUCGCCGAUCAUUGCAUGGGUUGGGCGAUCGAGGUUGCGGCGAAGAUGGGAAUCAAAACGGCAGCUUUCUGGCCGGCCACGUCUGCGCUUCUCUCUUUGUCGUUCAGCAUCCCGAAGCUUCUAGAAGACGGAAUCAUAAACCAGAAUGGAACUCCGGUGAAGAAAGAAAUGGUGAAGUUAUCUCCGACGAUGCCUAGUAUGAACCCGGUUCAUUUCACAUGGGCCUGCAUUGCAGAUUUAGAAACCCAAAAAACUGUGUUCGAUACAUUCAAAAUAUGCAAUGAGACUGUUAAGCUAGCCCAAACAAUAAUAUGCAACACAAGCAUUGACCUAGAAUCAGCUGCCUUUUCUCUCAGGCCUGAAAUCAUACCCAUAGGCCCACUUCUAGCCCACAACCGUCUCGGAAACCAAGCCGGACACUUUUGGCCCGACGACUCCUCGUGUUUAAAAUGGCUCGACGAUCGACCCUUGGGCUCAGUAAUUUACGUCGCUUUUGGUAGUUUUACCAUCUUCGACGAAACCCAAUUUCGAGAACUAGCGAUCGGGCUUGAAAUGACUAAUUUUUCGUUCUUGUGGGUCGUGAGGCCCGACUCGACCAAUGGAAUCGAUUACCCGAAAGGGUUCAUUGAAAGAGUUGGUGAUCGUGGGCUUAUGGUGAGUUGGGCCCCUCAACAAAGGAUAUUAGCUCAUCCUGCAUUGGCAUGUUUUGUGACACAUUGUGGUUGGAAUUCUACUCAAGAGGGUGUGGGGAAUGGGCUUCCUCUUAUUUGUUGGCCUUAUUUUGCGGAUCAAUUUCUUAACGAGAGCUACAUUUGCGACGUUUGGAGGGUCGGGUUGCGACUUGAUAAGGAUGAAACCGGGAUUAUCAGGAGCGAAGAGAUUAAGGAUAAGAUAGUUCAAUUGCUCGAAGAUAAAGAUCUCAAGAGGCGAGUUUUGAAUCUGAAGGAAAUGGUGAUGAAGGGUGUGAAAGAAGGAGGAACUUCUCAUAAGAAUUUGAAUAAUUUUAUUCAGUGGCUAAAGACAUGAGAAAUCAAUUUCUUGUAUUUCUUUUGUCAUGCUAUUUUAAAAUCAUAAAUAAUUUAUAGUCAGUUUCAUCCAUAAUUGGAUGGAACAUGCCUAAAUAAACAAGACGUGCAAACAUGUCAU